AUGGUGGUAGUGUUAAGAAAGCUCCUGGUCGUGCUCCUGCUGGCCCUGACGAGCGCGAAGAAGAAGCGGCAUUCUACACGAGUGAUGCCCAUGAAGCAAACAAGUCAAAAUGCUCUCAAAGAAGCUUUCGACCUUCACCAGACUCAAAGGUAUGCGGAAGCUGAAACCGCAUACAAACAAGCGAUCGAGGUUUUCCGGAACAAGGUGAAUGAUGGAGACAGCAGUCAGAAGCUGCGAGAGGUGUUUACUUUCCUUCAUCUCAAAUUUUCUACACGUAUUCAAACCUGGUGUCUCGAAUUUCAUGCCCUUGAAAAUUUUACCUUGUCGUCUCAUAGAAUUCUUCCUGGAGGCGACGAGAAUUUCUCCAAAAUAUUUCGAGGCCUAUCACAACCUGGGUCAGGUGCUCCAGGAUAUGCAGAGAUACCAAGAGGCUAUCACGUAUUUCAAGAUAGAGGCGAAGAUUCGGCCUGACAUCUCAGCCCCGUUACUGGCCGUGGCUUCCUGCUACAAUCAUUUGAAUGAAAGGGAGAAAGCUGCUAAGUUCGCAGUGAAAGCAACCAAGCUGGAUCCAACCAACACAGCUGCUUGGAAUGGAGCUGGAUGGUUUCUGCACUUGGCGGGCCGUUCAAGAGAUUCAGAGCGAGUUCUGAAGAAAGGAAUCAGAUUGCAUCCAAGUUUGAGACUGAUUCGGUUCGAAGCUUUCAGUGACCCCUUGCAGAGGAAAGGCUUUGUCGGACCUUCACGACUGGGAUGCUGCCGUAACAUCAGCGGACAAAAGUAUUCCAAUCUGAAGUUGAACAUAAAGGCCUCCAUGUUGCUCAAGUCCAUCAAGCUGGAAAAUAACAAUCCGGAGUCGAAGCUGGCAAAUAAUACUUGUGUAAACACGCCGAACUGCUGGGAAUGGUCUACUUUUCCAGUGCGGACAGUCACUCAAUCGCGAAGUGGGAUCAAGAAUGAAACUUCUGCUGUGUGGAAGCUGUGCAAGAGAUACCUACAAGAGGCUCUCAAUGACGGACUGACGGGCAACAACGCAUUGAUUGCAAUGAAUCAUAUCGCACAUGCUUCGUGGCAGGUUUUCAUGCUGAGAGUCUUCCAGGUCAGGAGGCUGCAGCUGCAAAUGAUCGUCUGUAAUUUCACAAACAUCGAGGAGGGUCGACGAGAAAUUCUCCGGCUGGUCUCAGAGCAGAUGUUGAACAUCGGGACGCCUCUCGACAGACUUUUCUUCUACAGAAAGUUCACCCUCGACAAGCAACUCGCUGCUACCCGGAUGGUGGAAUCGACGUUGGGGUCAAGGAAUGGAGAACGAAUAAGGGACCUUGAGACGUUUGCGAUCAGAAAGUUGAAGAUCGGCUUCUUGUCCGCCGACUUUCGCAGUCACCCCAUGGGGUACAUCAUGUCCGACUUUUUCAAGGCAGCGAGAAGUGAGAUGACGUGGCUUCAGGACUUUCAGGUGUUCGCGAUCUCUUUGACUCAGGAUGUCGAUCAUGUUGCAAGAGAGGUCGAGCAAACAGUCGACGUGUUUCUUCGAGUUGGCCACCUAGACGACGAGAGGGCUGCGAUAGAAAUCCAGCAGCUGCGCCUGGACCUUGUGAUUGAGUUGGGAGGGCACACUCGCGGCAGUCGGUUUCGUCUGCUCGCCCUCGACCUCGCCCCAGUUGUCAUGCACUUUCAAGGGUUUGCAGACACCAUGGGGAGCGACUCUGUCCGUUACAUGCUUGCUGACAAGGUCGUCGCGCCCCCUGAACUCCGCUCCUUGUACAGCGAGCACCUCGUCUACCUCAGCCCCUCCUACCACUUCUACGCCCCCGAGCUCAAUUGCUUCUCCGACUGGAAUGCUGAUGCUCCUCGUCGCAGCUCAGAGCGCGAGUUUCCGCUCUUUGACUCGCAGGUCAGUCCCGACCGCAUAGAAGAGCACAUGUGGCUGGCAUGGACCCGCAUCCUUCGCACCUCUCAGGGCAGCAUCAGGCUCAGGCAGGGGCAGAACUCGCAUGAGGAGCACGAGCUUCUGGAGGCGAACUUGAAGGCUGCGGCAGCUCGAGCAGGUCUAUCUGCUUCCUCUCUUGUCUUUGUCCGGCAGAUCCCGAGCAAGGAGGCUCACCUGCAUCGUUUGGCGUCUGCUGAUCUCUUCCUCGACACGGACUCAUACUCUGCUCACUCUACAGCCCUAGACGCUCUGUGGGCGGGGCUUCCUGUCCUCACUUUCCCUCGCGAAUCGUUCUCAAGCCGCCCACCUAGCAGCUUCUUGCUCGCGUUGGGUGUGGGAGAGCUUGUGGCGAGAGGGUUGGGAGAGUAUGAGGCGAUGGCCAAGAGCCUCGCUAACAGUACUGGUGUAAUGCAACGCUGGAGAGAGAAAGUGUGGGCUCGGAGGAUGCAGUCGACCUUUUUCGACUCCAGGAAGAAGUUGCGGCAGAUGAGGGCGGCUUUCAGGAUGACGUGGGAAAUUGGAGAGGACAUGCACAUCGUUGUAAGUGAGAACAUCUAA